UAAUACCAUAUGAACAUUUACCAAAAAUAUCUUCAUCCAUGCCAAAAUCCCAAUCACUAUAUAGGUAAUAACACUUUAAACUAACCAUGACAACCUUAAUUAACUAAUUAAGAUCCAUGUCUAUCAUUCAUACAUGUGGUUUCCUUCUCAUUCUAGUCCUUCGAUUCGCUUCCACACUUGCGAAUCAACACACUUACAUUGUGUAUUUUCGGGGGCAUAGCAGAGACAAGACACCGAGCGAGGUUGAAGAUGUCCAUCUCUCCCACAUUGAAUUGGUGAAGGGUUCGAGGGAGGAAGCAAAGGCGUCGCUUCUCUACAGCUACAAGAAAGUCAUCAAUGGCUUCUCUGCAAUGCUCUCCCCCGAAGAAGCCACGCAGUUAUCGGGUAUGGAAGGAGUUGCCUCGGUUAUUCGCACUGACCCAAGAGGCUACCAACUUCAUACAUCGAGAUCAUGGGAUUUUGUGAGCACACUUGACCAGGAUAACGGAGAAGGAGGACAAUGGAACGACCGAUUACAUAAAAAGUUGCUUAGAAAAGCAAAGUAUGGACAAGAUCUAAUUGUUGGUGUCUUGGACUCAGGUAUAUGGCCAGAAUCAGCAAGCUUCAAGGACGGAGGAAUGGAGCCUGUCCCAAGUACAUGGAAAGGGAAAUGUCAAACUGGUACUAAUUUCAAAAAAUCUCAUUGCAACAGGAAAAUAAUUGGAGCUCAAUACUUUAUAAAAGGUUUCGAGGCACAAUACGGUAGUCUCAACAAAUCCGAGGACUACCGAUCUCCCCGUGACAAGAAUGGUCACGGUACCCACACGGCCUCUACCAUAGGUGGCCGUAGGGUUCACAAUGUUUCUGCCAUCGGUGGAUUCGCCCCAGGCACCGUUUCCGGUGGUGUUCCACUCGUGCGCCUGGCAAUAUACAAAGUAUGUUGGGCGCCGCCCGGAUCCAAAGGCGGCACUGCAUGUAUGCCGGCUGACAUACUCGCAGCUAUUGAAGCCGCGGUAAACGAUGGAGUUCAUGUUAUGAGUAUGUCUAUAGGUAGCACCCCGGCACAACCCUACGAUGGAGACAUGAUCGCUAUUGGAUCCUUGGCUGCAAUUAAAGAAAAUGUAGUCUCAGUUUGCAGCGCCGGGAAUAGUGGGCCCACACCUUCGUUGAUAGGAAACGUCGCGCCAUGGGUUCUAACUGUGGCCGCUAGCAGCCUUGACCGAGAUUUUCCAGCUUUCCUGGUUUUAGGGAACGGACAAAAAUUCCAGGGCCAAUCAGUAACAUCUUUUCAAACGCCACAGACGCAUCCCCUGGUUAUUGGUUCAGACGUUGAAAUCAAAGGAACCACGAAUGUCAAUACAACUGGAUAUUGCAAAGAAGGUACGCUUUUAUCGAGCGCAGUAAAAGGGAAGAUUGUAUUAUGCAAAGGAGAAUUUCCGGGCAAUGACUGGGAGGUGAAGCAAGUUGGAGGUGCCGGCGUGAUUCAGGUUAUAAAGCUUGCCAACGUCACCCAAAGCGCCUAUAGCCCUCUGUUACUACCCGGGUUAGCCAUAUCUAUGGCAGAUGCAUUUAAAGUUAUAAGCUAUGCUCGAACCCAUAAGAAUCCAACCGUCACUUUGUUUCCUGGUAAGACUAGUUUGAGCGGUUCUGAACCCGCCCCUCAGAUGGCUUGGUUCUCCUCUCGUGGACCCAACAACCUGAAUCCGAAUAUUCUUAAACCCGAUAUCACCGCACCCGGAUUGAAUAUAUUGGCUGCAUGGAGUGAAGGAACUUCUCCUACUCCUUUAGUUGCCGAUCAUCGUGUAGCAAAAUAUAACAUCCUGUCGGGAACUUCAAUGUCCUGUCCUCACGUUUCUGCCUCGGUUCUUCUUCUCAAAGCCAUUCACCCUAGUUGGAGUAGCGCCGCAGUAAGGUCAGCCCUUAUGACCACGGCUGGAACUAAGAAUAACAAGGGAACGUUGAUAAGAAAUGAAGUUGGAAACGAGGCAACCGCGUUUGAUUAUGGAUCGGGGCAUAUUCGACCUUAUAGAGCGGUUGAUCCUGGCCUUGUCUACGAUGCCACUUUUGAUGAUUACGCUCUUUUCCUCUGUAGUGGUGGAUAUGAUUUCGCAGUAGAUCACGAGUGUCCGAAGAACCCUCCUUCACCUAGCGAUCUCAAUUACCCUUCUUUGGCGAUCUCAAAUCUAAAAGGGAAGAGGACCGUCUUAAGGACGGUGACAAAUGUUGGCAAGGGUAAGAGCGUUUAUAACGUGACGGUUGUGUCUCCGACGGGAUAUUCGGUUAACAUAGCACCGAAAACGUUGUAUUUUGGUAAGGUAGGUGAGAAGAAGAAUUUCACGGUAAGCGUUGAAGGAAAUACAAAGGAGAAAGGAAAGUAUGCAUUUGGGUGGUUUGAAUGGAGAGAUGGGAUUCACUCUGUAAGGAGCCCAAUUGUUGUCUCUUCAAAAUAAACAACUUCCAUCCUAUGAUGGUUAAUUAAAUAAGAGUUCCAUUAUUGGUUUGGUUUAUCUUUCCUUUU